AUGUCCUUAGCAAUGAUCUCGCAAAUUUUUUUUUGUGAUCUAAGUUCUUUAAUUCUAUCCCUUGAAUUCAUUUGAGCAGUUUUAUGUGCUGGAAUGAGCUGUGAUAACUCCAAGACCAAAGUAUUAGUUAUCCAGGUGGUUUUGGAAUGGUUUCUUUUUUUCUUGGUGACUCCACUCCUCCUAGAUAUCCAAGAGAAGGUAUAG